AAAGCCACAUUCUGGAGGAUGUGAACAAGUGUAUCGUUGCCCUGAGAGAGCAAGAUGCGGAGGGCUUGGAGCGUGCGGCGGGAGCCAUCCGAGGCCGCGCUUCCAGAGUCGCACACGUUGUUCUGGGAGAGAUGGACAACUACGAGCCCGGAGCUUACACGGAAGGAGUGAUGGCAAAUGUUCACUAUUUGACCAAGAGUGUGAUUCCAGAGUUUGUUAGCCAAGUCAAUGUUGCAUUGGAGAGCUUAAGCAAGAAUAUGGUGCAUCUGUUUGACGAUAACCAGUUUGUGGACGUUUCAAAGAAGGUCUAUGAUACGAUUCAUAACAUCAGGUGCUCAGUCAUGAUGAUCCGGACACCUGAGGAGCUAGAAGAUGUGUCUGACCUGGAGGAAGAGCACGACACGCGGAGUCGUACGAGUAUUCAGACCGAAGGGAAAACUGACAGGGCCAAGAUGACUCAACUGCCAGAGGCUGAGAGGGAAAAGAUUGCUGAGCAAGUGGCUGACUUCAAAAAAGUCAAGAGUAAGCUUGAUGCAGAGAUUGAAAUAUGGGACGAUACGAGCAAUGACAUCAUUGUCCUGGCCAAGAGGAUGUGUGUCAUUAUGAUGGAGAUGACUGACUUCACAAGGGGGAGAGGACCACUCAAGCACACAUCCGACGUGAUCAACGCGGCCAAAAUGAUCUCUGAGUCAGGCUCAAGGAUGGACGUCCUGGCACGGCUGAUUGCUGAUCAGUGUCCAGACCAGUCAUGCAAACAGGAUUUAUUGGCUUACCUAGAACAGAUCAAGCUCUACUCUCACCAGCUCAAAAUCUGCAGUCAAGUUAAAGCAGAGAUCCAGAGUCUUGGAGGAGAGCUCAUCAUGUCUGCUCUGGACAGUGUCACCUCGCUCAUUCAGGCAGCCAAAAAUUUAAUGAAUGCUGUGGUGCAGACAGUGAAGAUGUCCUAUAUUGCAUCCACAAAGAUUAUCAAGAUUCAGAGCCCUACUGGCCCACGACAUCCAGUUGUGAUGUGGAGAAUGAAGGCCCCAGAGAAGAAGCCUCUAAUCAAAAGAGAGAAGCCAGAAGAAAUCUAUGCUGCUGUCAGAAAAGGUUCUGCAAAGAAGAGAAUCCAUCCUGUUCAAGUCAUGAGUGAAUUUAGAGGCAGAGUAGUGUAA